AUGGUGAAACUCGGCUAUGAGCCCAGUAUUGUCACGCUUAACUCGCUGCUCAAUGGUUUUUGUCACGGGAAUAGGAUUUGGGAUGCCGUAGCUUUGGUUGAUCAGAUGGUGGCUAUGGGAUAUCAACCUAAUGCUGUUACAUUCACAACUCUAAUCCAUGGACUUUUUCUUCACAACAAAGCUUCCCAAGCUGUGGCUUUAGUUGAACGGAUGGUUGUAAAAGGUUGUCAACCAAGUUCAGUUACUUAUGGUGUGGUAAUUAAUGGACUCUGUAAGACUGGUGAUAUUGAUUUGGCUUUAACUCUGCUCAAGAAGAUGGAGAAUGGGAAAAUAGAGGCUGACGUUGUGAUCUACAACACAAUCAUUGAUAGUCUCUGCAAAUACAGACAUUUGAAUGAUGCGCUUGACCUAUUCAACGAAAUGGAGAACAAAGGAAUUAGACCGGAUGUUUUUACCUACAGCUCCCUCAUUAGUUGUCUUUGUAAUUACGGACGAUGGAGCGAUGCCUCUCAACUCCUGAGUGAUAUGAUUGAAAAGAAAAUCAACCCCAAUGUAGUUACGUUCAAUGCAUUGAACGGUUACUGCACAAAGGGGAUGCCUUGUUCAGAAAAAUGA